UUGAAAAGAUCUUCUUCACGAUGAAAUCUGUUUUAGUUACUGGUGCAAAUAGAGGCUUAGGCCAUGGAAUGGUAAAAUUUCUACUCAAAAACGACAAAGUAGAAAAUAUCUUCGCAACCUGUCGCAACGUUUCAAAGGAGCUCAAAUCAUUUUCUCAUGAACAUAAGAAACUACACAUAUUGACAUUAGAUGUAACAAACUACGAAAAAUUAGAUGAUAUAGCUAUGCAAAUAAAAAAUGUAGUAGGAGACCGUGGUCUCAACGUAUUAAUAAACAACGCUGGGGUGACCACACGAUUCACUAAACUAAACCUAGUUAAAGCAGAUCAGCUUUUGGAAAAUCUUACGGUUAAUACAAUCGCACCAAUUUUACUUACUAAGGCCUUGAUUCCAUUAUUAAGACAAGCAGCGGUAAUUAAUUCUACAAAACCCUUGGGCGCACAAAAAGCUGCGGUCAUUAACAUGAGUUCCAUUUUAGGAUCCAUAGCUCAAAAUGACCAAGGAGGAUUUUAUCCGUACAGAUGUUCAAAGGCAGCUUUAAAUGCGGCAACCAAAUCUAUGAGCAUUGACCUAAAGAAAGACGAAAUUCUCGUUGCUUCUAUACACCCAGGGUGGGUCAAAACUGACAUGGGUGGUAAAAAUGCACCACUCGAUGUUGAUACGAGCGUUUCGGGCAUUUUUAAAACCAUUGACAAUUUGGGUGAAAAAGACACUGGAAAAUUCUUUCAAUAUGAUGGCACUGAGUUGCCAUGGUAAUGGAAUAUUUGCGGCAAUCCGAGGAAAAGUAACAACAUUAUAUGUUAUAAUUAACAUUCUUUACAGCGUCUCUUCUUAUUGUUUAAAAAUUAUGAUUUAGUUUAGAAUUAUUUCAAAUGUAAUUCUUCUGUUAAAUGCAAAAAGCUUACUUACCCUCCCAAAGAGGUUUUAUUGUUUCUUUUAUUAUUGCUGCAUGGACAGUUAAAUUAGGAUGUGUAUUUCCUGUAACCAGACAAAUUAGAAGUCAGACGAGAUAAAUUUGUCAGACAAGAGGUGGUACAUAUUUCAAUAAAGUUUCUAUAAAGAAUAUAAACGAAUUUAUUCCAA